AUGACCGACCAGAAGCAAUCGCCGUGCCGAAUCCUCGUGAUGGCCUCCGGCAAUGGCUCCAACUUUCAGGCUUUGAUCAAUGCAGUCGCGUCUGGUGUAAUCCCUAACAGCAAGAUUGUCCGUCUUAUUGUAAACCGCUCAAAGGCAUAUGCUACGACGAGGGCGGACCAGGCUGGCAUUCCCUGGGAAUACUUCAACCUGAUUAGCAACGGGUUUCUGCCCAAGGGAGAGAAGGAUGAGGCCAAGGUAGCUGAGGCGCGUGCGAAGUACGACGCCGCAUUGGCAACAAAGGUGCUAGAGCUCGAGGAGAGGCCAGAGCUCAUCGUUCUCGCUGGGUGGAUGCACGUCUUCUCAGCUCCCUUCCUAGAGCCGGUAGAAAAGCUUGGUUUGAAAGUAAUUAAUUUACACCCAGCGUUACCAGGUGCGUAUGAUGGAGCGGGGGCGAUAGAGCGCGCCUUCAGCGACUUCAAGGCCGGAAAGGCCACUCGCACUGGUAUCAUGGUGCAUUACGUUAUCCUCAAGGUUGACAGGGGAGACCCGAUUAUGGUGCAAGAAAUCGAGUGGAAGGGAGAGGACCUCCCCCAGCUGGAGGAGAGGAUACACUCUUAUGAGCACGAAUUGAUUGUGAAGGCCACAGCAAAAGUUGUUGGAGAGAUUCUGGAGGCGCGCGGGCAAUGA